AUGGUGUCUGAGAGUCACCUGUCCCUGACAGUGACGCGCGACCAUCACGACAGCGUCUUGUCCUGUACAGCAACCAACCCCAACCAGCCUCUCUACAGCCUCACCAACGCCUCACGCCUCUACGUCACAUACCCGCCAGUAGCGCGGCUGGAGUUGGGCCGCGGCCUCAGCGCCGGCGACGUCAAUGAAGGCGCCGACGUUUACUUCACCUGCGCCGUGGACGCCGUCCCGCCCCCCUCUGCCGUCCACUUCUACAAGCAGGACACGGAGGUGGUGAGUGACCGCGCCAGAGGUGUCCUAGUGACGAAGGACUCGUUGGUGCUGCAGCGCGUCACCGCCGCGGCGUCCGGCGAAUAUUCCUGUCGAGCGGACAACACCCGCGGCUCCGACCACAGCAACCGACACGCUCUACACGUCAAGUUUGCCCCUCGCUGUCGGUGGGAGCAGAAGCGGCUGCUGGUGAGCAGUGGGGCGAAUGUAAGCGUCGAGUGCGCAGUGGACGCUCACCCGCCCCCUACGCGCUUCUCCUGGAGCCUCAACACAAGUCAGGGCGUGACGCUCCUCGAGCCUGACGCCGCGGUUCGUACGUCAGGCGGCGUGUCCACCAUGACGCGUACGACACCUUCAGACCUACUGCAGGAGGAGCUGUUGUGUUGGGCGUCUAAUGAAAUAGGCACGACAAGCAAGCCUUGUGUCACGCAACUCGUUGCUGCUG